AACUUGAUGCAAAUUUCACAAAUAUAAAGACAGGACCCUCGUUUCCAGUUCAAGAAAUGAUGCAAUUCACACAUUUGAAAAGGAACAAUCCACAUCUGAAGACACUUAUUUCUUUAGGAGGCUGGAUAAUGGGCAGCUUACCAUUUAUGACUCUUGUUGCGAACGAGGUUACAAUGCGUGCGUUCGCAACGAACGCUGUUAAAUUUUUACGUGCUCAUGACUUUGAUGGCAUUGAUAUUGACUGGGAGUUUCCAAACGAGCGUGGUAGUGAAAUUGAAGAUAAGGCGAACUUUAUAAAGUUAUUAGAAAUAUUGCACACUGCAUUUGUAAAUGAACCAAAUCGGGGGAACAAAGAGCGAUUAUUAUUAACAGCGGCAGUAGCACCAACGGAGGAAAGGAUAAUUCGGUCCUACAACGUGCAAGGCCUAAUAAAGUACUUGGAUUUGAUGGGACUUAUAACCUACGAUUACCACGGUGAAUGGGAAAAUAGCGUUAAUGUUCACAAUGCUUUAUAUAGUACGACGGAUGAAAGCGUGGACGGUUCCUUGAAGUAUUGGCUUAGUCAAGGGGUACCUAAGAAUAAAGUACUUGUUGGAAUCCCAACUUACGGUCGCAAGUUUCUAUUAAAUGAUUCAACAAAUGGAACAAUUGGGGCUUCAAGCAACGGAGGCGGAGAUAUCUCAUAUGGGGAAAUCUGCAAAAUGAUCAAGACGCAUCAAAUUACCCCGGUAACUCUACAGACGGAGAAAGUUCCAUAUUUCCAUCAUAAAAAUCAGUGGAUUACGUAUGAGGACGUCACCAGUAUUACUGAGAAGGCUGGGUAUAUUCGGUCACAGGGUGUGGCUGGUGCUAUGGUGUGGGCAAUUAAUUUGGACGAUUACGCAGGCGUUUGUGGCUCAGGCACCUUCCCUUUGUUAAAAGCGCUUAGGAAAAGACUUUCCACUGAUGCUAUUGUUGGAUGAGAUUUAUAACGCUUGAUGCCAUUUGAAGACUUGAAAUAAAACAACUUGAUUACA